AUACACAAUGCCUAUCUGUGUCUACCAACACUGUUCAGGGCAUUUAAAUUUUUCUAUAAGAGUGCAUUUGAAAUUUCUCGACGAGAACUAUGACAAAUACAGUCUUGUAGAAAGUUUACGUGAUUUGAAAACUCAACCGAGAGAUUGAAACUAACGCACAAAACAAGAAGGAUGUGUUUCACGGAAAAAUGGGGACCACUCUUCCUGAAAGUCAUCAAUGUUAUUUUUCUGGUAUUUGGUUUGGCGCUAAUUUUCCCAGGUGUCGUGAUGUUAGCCAAUAAUGACGUGGUCAACAGUAAAGUGCUUCCCCUGAUGAAGCAGUUGAGCUUUGGAGGAAUCAAUCUCGGCGACAUGAUCAUUGCACUCUGCGCUACACUCAUAGUCGUUGGGGCGUUUGUCAUCCUUGUCAGUAUUUUUGGUCUCCUGGGCGCUUGUACUGGAAAACCCGCCUACCUGGAUAUAUACGGUGGGGUAGUGCUGAUUUUAUUUCUCAUAAAGGUGUUUGCAGUGUUCAUGUGGUUUGACAGUAACGAUAAACUGCAGUCCUGGAUGAAGACCCAGCUGGUGUCUCAACUAAACAACUAUGGAGCAAAUGAUCUGGCGACUAGCGAGACUUCCACCGCCUGGAACUACAUGUUUAUGUUGAUGUCUUGUUGCGCGGUGAAUGCAGUUAAUGGCACAACAAAUGACUUUGAUACAUCUGCUUGGAUAACAUCUGGAGCAGCUGCAACUAAACAAAUUCCGACAUUCUGUUGCACUGGCGUCACAGAGUCAACGUACUCCACACACUCUGAUGCAACAUGCACAGACAACGUCGCUUCCGGUUACCAUACGACUGGUUGUUAUGAUGCCAUUUACAAUUCACUGACUGCCUACUACAUUAUUUUCAUUGCUGUUGGAAUAACAAUCAUGGUUGUUGAGGCACUAGCCGUGGUAGCUGCAGUGUCUAACAACCACAACGCGAGAUACAAUGAAACAACUGUAGACAAAGUGGAAGACAUCUCAAACGACAAAAAGUCUAAGAAGGAAAAAGCCUAAACUCACCUCGCUAUAAGAUGUUUGCAAUUCAUUGUGAUAUGGACAUUCAUGUAGGAUAUGUGUAUUUUGAUAUAUAUCAGUUGUUAAACAAAUUACAGUAUUAUAAAACAAUAUCGACUGUGCUCUUUGAACAUUACAUGUAUAAACUAAAAGCAAAAAGGAAACUUCAACGUUCACCCGCAACUGCAAAAACCUUGAAUGCAUGACAUUUAGAUACACAAUUAAUUGGUAAAAGUCAAUAUCAGCUUAUCUAUAGAACUUUUAUAAUUAUCAACGCUUUGAAAAUUUGAAUUCAUUGUACAUUAAAUCUAACAACUCUU